CAGCCUCGCGCGGAGGAGUCGGAUGCCAUGACCGCGUGCGUCCUGUGCGGAGGAAGAUGCGCUCAGCUGGAAUGAACCGACUGACGGGACUCACCUGUGGAUUUGUGCCGUCAGGAUGCCUUAUCUGACCAAACCUCUCAUUUUAAUGCUCUGUCUGCUCGUAACCGGGGAAUGCCGUAAACACGGACACCGGGUGAGGAGAUGGACCGGGACCGUGGAGACCCAGAAGCAUGGCACGUCUUUGGCAAAGAAACCUCCGGAUGUGACCAAGUCUCGCAAAACCAAGACAGAACAUCUGCUCAAAGUAGAUGAUCACGACUUCACCAUGAGGCCGGCGUUUGGAGGUCCUGCCAUCCCUGUUGGAGUGGACGUUCAGGUGGAGAGCUUAGACAGCAUCUCUGAAGUCGACAUGGACUUCACCAUGACGCUGUACCUCCGUCACUACUGGAAGGAUGAGCGCCUGUCGUUCACCAGCAGCACCAACAAGAGCAUGACAUUCGACGGCCGCCUGGUGAAGAAGAUCUGGGUCCCCGACGUCUUCUUUGUCCACUCCAAGAGGUCCUUCAUCCAUGACACCACCACGGACAACAUCAUGCUGCGCGUCUUCCCAGACGGACACGUUCUCUACAGUCUGAGAGUGACGGUGACAGCAGCCUGCAACAUGGACUUCAGCCGAUUUCCUCUGGACUCUCAGACCUGUUCUCUGGAGCUGGAGAGCUAUGCGUACACAGAUGAAGACCUGAUGCUGUACUGGAAGAGCGGCGACGAGUCACUCAGCACUGAUGACAGGAUCUCCUUAUCUCAGUUCCUCAUCCAGAAGUUCCACACCACGUCUCGCUUGGCCUUCUACAGCAGCACAGGCUGGUACAACCGUCUCUACAUCAACUUCACCCUGCGACGCCACAUCUUCUUCUUCCUGCUGCAGACCUACUUCCCUGCUACGCUCAUGGUGAUGCUGUCCUGGGUGUCGUUCUGGAUCGACCGGCGGGCCGUACCAGCCCGAGUUUCUUUAGGUAUCACCACCGUUCUGACCAUGUCCACCAUCAUCACCGGCGUUAACGCCUCCAUGCCCCGCGUCUCCUACAUCAAGGCCGUGGACAUCUACCUUUGGGUGAGCUUCGUCUUCGUCUUCCUCUCUGUGCUGGAGUACGCCGCCGUCAACUACCUGUCCACCGUCCAGGACCGGCGUGAGCGCAAGAUGAGAGAGCGUGCACGGUCUCAGUCGCUGCCCUGCACCUGUAGCAUCUCCCAGACCAGAACCAUGACCAUGUUGGAUGGCACCUACAGCGAGGCCGACACUAACAGCCUGGCCGGGUACACCGAGGAGCCCAUGGUGCCAGAGGAGGAGCCCGAAGAGAAGCACAAGGUCCUGGACAAGUCGGAGCACAUGGUGGUGCACCUGUCCAUGAGCAGCGAGUCCACCGGCGCCAAGAAGAGGAAGAGCCUGCGGGCCCUGAACAUCAUCCAGAACACCCACGCCAUCGAUAAAUACUCCCGCAUGAUUUUCCCCGGAUCCUACAUCUUCUUCAACCUCAUCUACUGGUCAGUUUACUGCUGAGCAGAACCUGAGCGCCCAGACAGACGAA